CUCAAGGAAAGGGAAAGUUUUUUCGAUGCAAUAUGACGCUGUACGGCAGAUAUUUAUGGAUCAGGGUACCUGGAUUGUCGAAAGCGUUGGUCUUAUGUGAAGUUGAAGUUUUCUCCACAGUUAGAUCAAAUCUUGCCUUGUAUCAGUCUGCUUCUCAGUCUUCUACAAGGUCAAAUUAUACCGCUAACAAAGCCGUGGAUGGAGAUAUUCACUCCUGUGCUACAACUCAGUCCCAGCAGGACCCCUGGUGGAGAGUGGACUUAGGAGCAUCGCGGGUUGUGGCUAAGGUCAUCGUUACAUACAAAAAUCAAAUGGAAGGACUUCAAGUCUGGAUUGGUUAUGACAGUGACAACAGAAGAAGUUCAAACUUGCUUUGUGGAAGAAAACCCCUUUCCAAAACAUUUCUAAACAUUUCUCAACGACUUACCAUAUAUUGUCUACCCAGACUUGUCGGAAAAUUUGUUUUUAUUGAAGAUUCAGGCGCGAACAGAACACUGUCCUUAUGCGAGGUGCAGGUUUAUUCCGAGAGAGGGACAAGCAAUG